AUGAAGAUUCUUGCACAUUCAACAUUGGCUCUUUUCGCCAAUUGGGCCCCGAUAGCGCACUCAAUUGAUCCAGCGCAGGAACCUUUACAACCCCACUUUGAAAGCUCGUCGACCAGCUCCCUCCUCGCCCUCCAUAAAGGUCUCAUCACACAACAAUCGAUCUCACUCAACGAAGAGAGUGUGGGCAAAUACCUUGCAAAGUACCUCGAAAGUAAGAACUUUACCGUCGAAUUGCAAGAAGUGGCACCGCAGACCUCUUCUCACACUGCACGAAACAACAUCUAUGCCUACACUGGUGAAUCACGGAAGACGCGUACGCUCAUAUCCUCACAUAUCGAUACGGUACCGCCGUUUUGGAAAUAUGAGAGGAGGGGAGAUGAAAUUUGGGGAAGAGGGAGCGUAGAUGCUAAGGGAAGUGUGGCGUCACAAAUCAUUGCUGUAGAGGAAUUGCUUGCUACGGACAAGAUCGGGGAAGGUGAUGUAGGUUUGUUAUAUGUCGUAGGAGAGGAGAUCAAUGGAGAUGGUAUGCGUAAAGCUAAUGAUUUGGGCUUGGAAUGGGAUACGGUGAUCUUUGGGGAGCCGACGGAACUCAAGCUUGCGAGCGGACAUAAAGGGAUAAUUGGCGUGCAGAUUAGUGCGAAGGGCAAAGCAGGUCAUAGUGGCUACCCUGAGCUGGGAAAGAGUGCCAAUGCUAUGCUGAUACCUGCUCUCAAUGCGCUGCUGAACGUUGAGCUGCCUUCAAGUGAGAAGUAUGGAAACACCACUCUCAACAUUGGGCGAAUGGAAGGUGGAGUGGCUGGCAAUGUUAUUCCAGAGGAUGCGAGUGCCCUUCUUGCUAUCAGGAUCGCAGAUGGCUCGCCAGAAGACAUUAAAAAGAUAAUCGCGGAUACGGUAGAAAAGUAUGGCGAAGAGCUCGAUGUCAAGUUCUUGGGUGGCUACGGACCGGUGUACAUUGAUAGUGAUGUCCCAGGCUUUGAGACAAUUGUUGUCAACUAUGGGACUGACAUCCCUAACUUGAAGGGAGACCAUAAGAGAUAUCUAUAUGGACCUGGGACUAUCUUGAUGGCUCAUAGUGACCAUGAACACUUACUAGUAUCGGAUUUGGAAACUGCAGUCAAAGGCUACAAGGCUUUGAUAGAGCAUUCAUUGAAGUAG